GCCACAACUCGUAUGGAUUGAUUCUGAAGGGAUGGCAAGUGACGAGUAAACGGUGUCGCGUGGUCAUAAACAAAUCGGCCUUUUUUCUUGCUAAGAGCUGCGCGUUUCGCUAAAAGUUGUGCAUUCGGUCCGCCAAACGUGUUUCAACCUGAGGAUAAUCAAGCUUUUUGAGUGCACCUGUUUUCAAGCCACUAAACUGGAGAAAUAAUUUGGCUUUCUGCACAUUGCCACGGCUUCCAUCGCACCCUUCAGUAUCGUCCAAUCUACCGUUGCUUCCCACUAUUCUUGGCAGUCAAACACCUGGAAACGUCAGGUUUGUUUACGAUGUCAAACAAAACAAAAACACGCUCUGCCUCUGCAGUGGACGGUGAUGGCCAGACUCUGAAGCGCUCGAGAGAGGAUCUUACUGUUGUAGAUUAUCCGGACGAAGUGGAGAACAUUACCGACCUGUGGCGCAACAUGAAGAAGCUGCUGUUUAAUUCGAACUCACGUCUGGAAGGAAAAAUCGAUGCGUGCAAAACGAGUAUUGAUGAUUUGGAAGAGGAAUUCGUCGCUCUCAGGAAGGAAUGUGGUGAGCAAAUGGAGGCUGUUCACCACCGGGUGAACUCCGUCGAGUUCGGAUUACAACAAACUGCUGAAGAUGUUGCUAGGCUGGAACGGGCGUCGAAGCUAAUAAUCUCUGGGAUUCCUUAUCAACAGACCGAGAACCUUCCUCAGUUCUUCCAAAACAUUGCUACUGUGCUCGGUUAUGACCAACCUCCGAUUGUUGACCUGCAACGACUGGCCAAGUUACCCAUUGCAGCCGGAUCUGCUCCACCAAUACUGUGCCAAUUUGCACUGCGAAACGUACGUAACGAUUUCUACCGUCGCUACAUGACCAACCGGGACCUGACGUUACGACACAUUGGUUUUGAUGCUGACAAAAGGAUUUUCAUGAACGAGAACCUCACGAAGCUGGCCCGGGAGAUUCGCAGUCAAGCUCUGAGGAUGAAAAAAGCUGGAAUCUUUGCUCAAGUGUUCACAAGGAAUGGUGCUGUGUACGUGAAACGCCAGGGUCAACCAACAUCGGAGCUGGUGCAGUGUGUUCAACAAUUGUCGCUGCAAAAGUAAACCCUUUCCUCAAAGUUCUUCAUCUCCUUCCCAAGCUUAUCCUUUGAUUCCAUUCCUUUUCUCCUUUGAUUCCUUCCCCUCCUGAAAGUCAACAACAUCAAAGAUAAACCCUUUCCAAAAAGUUAUUCUUUAUCCCUCCACGAUCAUCCUUUGAUUCCGAUCCCUUUCGAUCCUGUGUCUCCUCCAUCCGUCCUGAAAAUCAUGCUGGUUCGUGUCGAUGAUGCCUUCUGCUGGACUGUAACGCUGUCGAUGCUGAUUUGGUUGCUGAAGUUGCUGUUAUGGAAAUGCUGUUGGUGCUGUUCGUGCCAUGGGAUGGCAGUGGUCAGGUCGAGACUGGAACAUGGUACAAAUAGAAACGUGUGUGCUUGCUAACUUUACUGCUGCCGAUAUUUGUUUUGAUCAAAUUAUGAUUUUUUUUUUGACAAAGAACUUUGUCCUUUGGCCGGAAUACGGUCCACCGAAAGAUCCAAAUUUGUUAAGAAAUUUGACUCCAUUUUGAUUUCAUUUCUUUUAACACGAAAUCUCAUGCAAAACAAUCAGAACAGCAAAAAAACAAAAAAAAAAUAUGAGACUGGAAUAUCAGAACCGGUUCCAUGACCUUCGGUGUCCACAUCCAGAACCGUAUUUAAGAAACAGCGUUAACUCGUCGGUUAACUGGUCAUGUGACGUAUAAUACUGGUUAAUUUUGAAUGAAGAGUGUCUUUAGUGUAUAAAUUCGUCUACUGGCCGAUUCCCAUAUUCCCCGGUAGUCACAUCCGGAAUCCGGUUUUGGCAAACAAAAAUGUAACAAAGUCUCAAACACAUCCCCCUAUCUGCGUUUCAUAAUAAAAUAACGCUGUUGCGAAGAAGCCUCUGGAUGAAUAUACAAUUUCGUAUCAAGCAUGAUCCCUGCAAUAGAAGGAAGAAGUUAUAUUUUAAAUAUAAAAUAUUAUUUCCAUUAAAAACGCUCACCAUCUGAAAAAAGCAUCCAAACGAAAAAAUAGCAUAAACAGUUGAGUUGAACUGACAGCGAUGUACAGUGAAAAUCAAAACGAUUGCUGCGAUUAAUUGAAAAACUCCUUGCGCUCCUAUAUUUCAGACCCCCUCAAGAUAAUCACCAAAACUGAUUAUUUCUCAAUACGCGCAAUACGUGGUGUCAAUCCAAAAUUUUCGCGAAGCGAAAACGUUACGUGACGAA